AUGGCUAAAUUGGUACAUCUUUUCAAUCUGUUGAAAGGCCAACUGGUGAACCCAACCUCAAAAAUGUUAGAGUGGUGGGUUAGUACUUUGGAACUAAUGGUGUUAACACAGUUAAGAUUUACACUACCAUUGUUAAUAAAUUGA